CAUUUGGGAAGGUGGCCAAUGGGGCGUCGAGUACAGCCUUCGGGAUGGAGGCUGGCCCUGCCCCCCAGGAACGGCCCGCCCAGCUCCGCCCCUCGGCCUUGAGGUGGCCCCAUCUGCGCACGCGCAGCCUCGCCUGUGUGGCCUGCCUUCGCCUCAGCUGCGCUUGCUGUGGUGGCUUGUCCUCGCUGAGUGGACGCUCUUCAUUUCUCUUCUCACCCGGUGCCCCUACUCCGAGCUUCCCUUCUCCUUUCAUGUGCCCGCCCCACCCUGUGAUUUCCCCGUUCCUUCCUGGGUUCUACCUUCUCAGGUUGCGCCCCUUGCCUCGUGUCUCCUUGUCUGUCAGUUCUGAUUUUCCUAACCUCCGUUUUCCCUUUCCGGCGCUCUCCGCUUGCCCAUCCUGCUGCUUUCCGAACCCACUUUCUCCCCGUGCUUCAUUCCCUAACAGCCUGGUCAUCUUCCCCGCUUACUUGGCUUCCUGAGACACCUCUAGCUUUUCUGUCCUUCUGCGCCCAGUGUGCAUCUCCCUCUUGGGGCUCCCCUCCCACAAAAAAGCGUUGCCUUCUCCGUGUGCCCCUGGUGGGGCCAACUCACACUUUCCCGCCUCAUUCUGUGUCGCCCCCUUUCCUCUGUGCAGCCCGCCCUGUCUCCUUUUCUCUCUUUCAUCCUCUGAGACUGACUCCUUCCCCCACCGCCACCCCGGGAGCCCCGUCCUUGUGCCCCACGCCCCCAUUUUCCGUCCCUCCGCUUGUGAGCUCUCUGCUGCUCCCGUCUCCUUGCCGGGGUCCGGUCCAUCAGUUGGCACCUCCUCCUCUUCUUUUCUGGUUGUGACCCCACCUGUGCUCAGAUUGUUGGGUCUUCUCGUUCUGCGUCCCUCGCUGGUGUGUGCCAUCUUCUCUGUGACCCUAUGAGAUGUAUUAUUAACCCAUUUUAUAAAUGAGGAGGCAGGCCCAGAGUUCAACAAAUUGCACAAGAUCACACAGCUAAAACAGUGAACCAGAGGCAGGUGGACAAAGAAUUCAGGUACUGACGGGAACGGAGCUUGGGACCCAGACUGAAACUGGUUCCAGAUUGACUUCUAGUAUCCAGGACCCAGACACAGGGCCAUGGGACCCCAGCAUUUGAGACCUGUGCAGCUGCUCUGCCUCCUGGGGGCUAUCUCCAUUCUGCCUCGUAUGUCCUGUGGGGCUGGAUGCUAUAAGACCCCAAAAGGGGUCGAAACUCUUUUGUGCUAUGAGGCAACAGCUUCAGCCUUCAGAGCUGUUUCUUUCCAUAACUGGAAGUGGCUUCUGAUGAGGAGUAUGGUGUGUAAGCUGAGAGAAGGCUGCGAGGAGACGCUAGUGCUCAUCGAGACAGGGGCCAGAAGAGGAGUUGUGGGUUUUAAAGGCUGCAGCUCAGCCUUAUCUUACCCUCCACAAAUCUCCUACCUCGUUGCACCACCUGGAGUGUCUAUUGCCUCCUAUAGCCGCAUCUGCCGGACUUAUCUCUGCAACAACCUCACCAGUUUGGAGCCUUUUUUGACACUCAAAGCCAAAGCUCCUAAGUUUACAGCAUCUUCUUCCCACAAUUGCCCAACCUGUGUGGGCGAGCACACUAAGAGUUGCCUCCCGAAUUUUGUCACCACUGAUGCUUGCCCCUAUGCCGCUCCUAUGUGUUACAGUUCUACCUUAAAAUUUCAGGCAGGGUUUCUCAAUACCACCUUUCUUCUCAUGGGCUGUGCUCGUGAACAUCACCAGCUUUUAGAAGAUUUUCAGCGUAUUGGGAGCAUCAGAGUGUCCGAGGUCCUCAACGUCUUAGAGAAGUCCCAGAUUGCUGGUGCAGGGACCUCAAGGCAGCACCCUGCUUGGGGCAUCCUCUUAGGUCUCCUGCUUGCCUUUGGGGACUGACCGUCUAGCUGGACUAGACAAACACCCAGAACCCUUUGCAUAAUCAAAUAAAGUUGCAGAGUUACUUUUCCA